UACAGUCAAGGAGGAGUCUACAGUCAAGGAGCAGUCUACAGUCAAUGACGUCAUACGAUUACACACACCAAGUGAUCUAAAUUGUAUAUAAACUUAAAUCAAUUUGGAAAUUUUACCAGUUCUUGUCGUCAGCAAGAUGGAGCAAAAACACCAAGAUCUCAUCAAAGCAAACUACUCUACAUUGGUAAAAAAGAUGAUGUCUGGUUCAGUAGCAGGACACUUAUACGCUUCGCACAUUAUUACAGAUGAAAUGAGACAGAAAAUAGAAGCCGAAAAGACCAGUUAUGACAAAAACAGGAAACUAUUAAACAUUAUUUUGCGUCGAGGUUCUACUGCUUUUAUGGGACUCCGAAAGGCAUUACUCAAAGCUAACCAAGGCGACCUAUCAAGACUCCUGAUGAACACUGAUGAAGAUUCAAAAACCGAAUACGAAAAGAAGUUAGCCAUGGCAAGGUCGUUAGUGAUCAACAUGAAAGACAGGGGUACGUCUGAAUCUAAAAAAGACAAGCGUUUGCAGGAGCAAAGAUGCAGAAUACCAUUAGAUGACGUAAACGACCUCUUCCUCACUGUCAUGCCUUACAAGGGGAUACUUUACAUACAUAUCCGACACCUUGCAGAGUCCCACGGCCGACUCAUUGCCACAAAGAAGGGGGUUACCUUUCCUUUCGACCGAUGGUUAAAGUUUGAAGCUCUUUUACCAGAUAUCCAAAGCUACAUCGACAAUGUCGGACAAGAAAAUGACGAAGCACAGUGGCAUGUUGGCGGAGGAGUGUUCGUUUCGUUAUCACCGAACAAUCCUACAGUAGACAUAAGACAUUUCUGGAAACCAGAUGACGCUACACAACCAGUCCCAACAAAGAAAGGAGUCACACUAAACAGGAACAAGUUGGCAAGACUUGACUAUGCUGUCGAAGAGAUGCAUGAGUAUGUUCCGGAGUUAAAAGACGUAGAACUUUGCAUGCUGAGCGAGUCUCACCAGAAUCAACUUGGAAUGCUUAACUGUCCCGAAUGUACUCCUUUCGGAUAUGACCCACAAGAGACUCUACCCUCCUCCAUGGAAUGUAACCCUGGAGAUUCUCAAGAUCUAAUGAACAGGGAGCGUGAUUUUGAAUGACAACUUUUUAAAUUAAUAAUUUACGUUUGGUGGCUAAGAUAUAUAUCUAUACAUCUAUUCAUAUAAAUAUAUCUAUACAUGUAUAUAUUAUGUAUGAAAACAUUGUAUUAUAACAAAAAUAAAAUGAUAAUCGACCAAACAAGACUUGUGUUUUGCUAUAAAACUGUGCUCUUAGAAUCAUGUAGAUAGUUUGUGUCAAGUAUGUCAAACUACACGGAUUACUUACGGGAGCUUUAUUAUACACCCGGUAAACCAGGCGCAUUUGCUGGUCCCGAAAAAUUGUAUCAAGCUGUAAAAUCAGAGGGCAAAUAUA